UGCAGAGUUGUGUAAGAUGGCGGCGCGGUGGGGAGAAGGCGAGGAGAUCUUACCCACCUGCAACAUGGAACUUUUCUCCACAAAUGCACUAGACGAGGGCGGCAUGCUGCAAGGAGUGCUGUCCAGUGAGCAUGUGCAAGACCUCAGCCUUGAGUCCAGUGACACCCUAGAGUCCCUCGCCGACUGUUUGGACCCAUCUAUACUGUCCAUCUUCGAAGACCCCGCUGUAGACACUAAAAGCCGCUUAGAUGAGGAAAGCGAAGCGACGCUGCUCACAGCUCUCACUGAAAUACUUGACAACGUUGACGAUGAAAACCUGUCCCCUUUCGACACUCUGCCCGAUGCAGAGUUCUUGUCGGGUCAGAAGGUCAGAGAGCAGUCUCCGCUGAGGAGACUCCUGAAUUUGCCCAUGUCCCCUUCAGAUAGGGAGCCUGUCUGCAUUUUCAAGUCUGUGACCUCUUCGGCUGGAAAGGUGGAGGGCUUUGGCUCAGAAAGACAGUGGAAGACCACAGAGGAGAGCCCCCAGUGGAAACCCUCAAACAGCCCCCGGGGUCCGAUGGAUGUGGCCACGCAGAGGAGUGACGGCGAGGAGGAAGACAGCGGCCUGGGCGACGCCCCUCUGUCUCUGGCUUCGUUCGACUGGGGGGUCCCGCUGUCCCUGGAGCAAGAAGGGGACUAUGUGUCCGUGUCCCUGUGUGACCUGGUGAAGAGCAUGCACCCAUACUGCGUGCCCGUAUGCCUGGAGCAGGCAGAGGAGGGCGGUGAGCAGGUGCUGCCAGAAGGUGGGAUAUUGCUGGAGGUGGUGGACCAGGGGGAGCAGGGUGAGCCCAUCCUCCGCAUUCCCGGGCUGAGCCUCCCCCUGGCGCUGGCCGAGGAAGGGGCAGCCGAAUCCGAGCAGAGGGUGCCGGAGGAAGAGUGGGAUCCCAGCAAGGCUACGGGCAAAGAUGCCCCCGCUGAGCCGGACCACCCGCACGACUCCACGCCGGCCACUGAAGGCAGCGACGAGAAGGCGAUCACUGAGCGGCCCAAGGAGGAGGCCUCCCAAAAGCGCCCCUCACGCCGGAAAAAGAAACGGAAAGACGAGGAGGGAGGGCGCGGCGAGGGGCGGGUGUUGAGGAGUGCCACAUUGAACAAGCCCACUGAACCUCUACCCGAAAAGCCCCUGGAGACUGGCAGCCAGUCCUCAAAGAAAAAGAAGAGGGUGACCUUUGCCCUUCCUGUGACCUCUGCACAGACAGAAACACCAUCGAAAGUGCAGCCUGAAACACAGACUGAGCAACCUGAAACGCAGCAAAUCCAUGAACCAGAGAGCGCUGUGCCAAAGCCGUCAAUGGAACUUGCUGGGAAAACUGCACAGUCAAACUCCCAAUUGACUGAAUCCAACUGCCAGUCGAAGGAAUUGGCUUCUGAGCAGCCUCUUGGAACUAAAGCUGAGGCUGAUGGCAAACAAGCCACCGUUUAUGAAGAGACCUCAGAUUCCAAGCAGAAUGAAUCCAAGCCCAAGCCACUGAGCCUCCAGCAAUACCGGCUGUUGCGACAGAAGAAGAAGCCGGCUCCCAAGGAGAAGGAGGAGGACCACAGCUCCAGGUGGCCCACCCUCCCCGAACCCCCUAAGGAGUUGCCCCCAAUCCCCUGCCUGCUGGAGCAAAACCCCCGUGACCCCCGCAGAGCACCAGUCCCCCAGGCGACCAGGACCAUGCCUGACGUCACACCCGCAUGGCAGCCUGUGGGUACCUGUGCCCCUCCAGUUCCCGAAGCUCUUCUGGUUCCCCUGGGGUCUGCACUGGCCUCCAGCAAGACCCCCACCCCUCGGCCAAAACUGAGCCCUGCUCAGACCUCAUCAACCCUGACCACACCGGAAACCUUGCUGAACCAGCCCACCUCCCAGAAGGAACUGACACCAGGGCCACAGGUCUGCCAGACCCCACCGUCUGGCCCUGCUCGAAACUCUCUCCCAGCAGCCAAAUCCGAGCACACUAUCAAAGCCACGUCACUACAGAGCACCACCAGGCAGGUGGUAAGCCAGGAGCCAGGUGUUCUGGGUGCGAGAGAGCAGCCUCCACAGGGACCCAUACCCACAGUGGGCCAGUCUGUCGGAGCUGCUCUCCAAGUACCCACUCUGGAGGCUCGUCCCUCUCUCACCACCGAGCCUCAUUGCCCCAGUGCACCUGUGACUGAGACCACUACAGAGACCGCAAAGCAGCAGCCACAGCCUGAUCCGGCCGUCCAGAAGAUGGCUGUGCCGCCUGCCGAUCCUCCCAUCUCCACAGAUAACACCACUGCUGCCUCCCGCCCCCAGCCUUCAGCGGCAUUGCCCAGCCUCCCAACACAGGCCCGAACCAUCAGCCCACAGCAUCCAACAAAGAAGAACCUAACCCCAGUCCAGGAGCCCCCUGCAGCCAAGGAGGACUCCACAGUGGAUCUCAUCCAGGCCUUCACCAGUGAGAUAGGAAUCGAAGCCGCGGACCUCGCCAGCCUGCUGGAGCAGUUUGAAGAGACCCAAGCUAAAGAGGAGCAGAGGGUUCCGGAGGUCUGUGGUAGAGCAGCCGCUGUAGGAAGCUCGGGUUCGGAGCUGCAGUCAGACAGGAAAUCACUGGAGCAUGUGCGGAUGCUGGACUUGGGGAGCACCGCUGAGCUCACCCCUCCUGCCACUCCCCCACAUCAGAUUUGGAAGCCUCUGGCUCCAGUGGCCCUGCUGGGGAACCCCAAGGGCCUCAAGCAGUCACUGCCCAAGGCCAUCCAGAUGGAGCCCCGACCCCUCUCCGUCAGCACAGCCGGCAGCAGGCCCGCUAAGCCCGGCGCACCCGCUCAGCCUGCGGUCUCAACAGACCAUGACUAUUGCCUCCCUGUGAAGGAGUCUUCAGUGAGCGAGCUGGGCAGGCGCUGGAACGUGAAAUGGCAGCCCAGCAUCACCAUCAAGGCCAUCGGGCGGCCCUCCCCCACUGCGACCCCUGCAAAAAACCAGCCUCUGGAUCACAGGACUCAGCCCGGGGCAGGAGCUCCAGUAAGCUCUGUCCUGCUGUCCCCAGAGAGCUCCCCCUCCAGGCCGGAGGCUGGCACUGCAGGGCCGGAAGAGAAGCGUCAUGAGAACGUGAGCACAUUCAGCUGCUCCAAGAGGGCCGCCAGCCCCCCCAGCAGAGGGAGAGGGAGAGGCCGGGCAGACACACAUUACAGGGUCAGAUCUCCCAGCUCUGACUCCAACAGCUCUGCGUCCAGCUCACGGUCCAGGUCCAGGUCACAGUCGCAAUCCCGGUCCCGGUCCCAUUCACGAUCACAGUCCCGGUCCCCACCCAGGAAAAGGUUCCGGUCCCGCCGCUCGGAGAGCAGCUCCUCCUCCGGCUCCAGCUCCAGCUCCCGCUCGCCCCCACGCUCACCCCCCCGCAGGCGCCGCUACUCCUACUCCAGCUCGCGCUCAGGGUCGUGGAGCCGCUCUCGCUCGCGGUCCCCACAGGGGCGUGCCCCACACUGGUGGGGCAGCAGCCGCCACAGUCCAAAUCAUAGGCAAGGCUACCGGCAUGACUCUAGGGAUCGUUUCCAACACGACGACACGAAAACGCGCAAGGAAAAGGCCAUUGAGGAGCGCAGAGUGGUGUACGUGGGCAGAAUCCGCGGGGGGAUGACCCGGAAGGAGCUGAAGGAGCGUUUCUCGCUCUAUGGGGAGAUUGAGGAUUGCACUCUACAUUUCAGAGACCACGGGGACAACUACGGCUUUGUUACAUACUACAACACGAAUGAUGCGUUUGCAGCCAUUGAGAAUGGGAGCAAGCUCCGGCAGCCCGACGAGCUGCCUUUUGACCUCUGCUUUGGGGGUCGCCGGCAGUUCUGCAAAACCAGCUACGCUGACCUAGAUUCUAAUCGGGAAUUCGACCCAUUGCCAGCAAGAGGCAAGUUUGAUGCACUAGACUUUGACACUUUACUUAAGCAGGCCCAGAAGGGAUUGAGGAGGUAACACCCAGAGAGCAGUCUGGAGGAGGCGCAGAUUCUCAAUGUGUGGCCUAAAAUGAACUGUGUCACAGUAGACAUAGAAACAUAUCACCAACCAGAACAAGAACCGAAGGAACACAAGAGCUGAAUAUCUGGUCAUAGUAGAACGUCUGUGGUGGAGGGAGUCGAUGCAUUACCUCAGAGCCGUGCGCAGGUCACCGCCCCUACGCGCCGCCUUUUCCC